UUAAAAAUUGGGGGGGGUGCGCGUUGCGUCGGUAUGUUAGACACUUCCACCACCAUCGCCACUUCCAUCGACCAUCAUUUUUGACGUUUCUUUCAAAAAGCGCAAUUUUGUGGUUAAAUUCGUGGUUAUUUUGUGAGAAUUUGGCGAUAAAAUGACAAGAGCUAAUAUCGAAUUAGGUAACGUAACCCCACAUAAUAUUAAACAACUAAAGCGCUUAAACAGCGUGGUUUUUCCCGUCUCUUAUAACGAUAAAUUCUACAAAGAUGUGUUAGAGGCGGGUGAAUUGGCUAAAUUAGCCUAUUACAAUGAUAUAGUGGUUGGUGCUGUGUGUUGUCGAAUUGAUACGUCGGAAAAAUCUCGUCGUUUGUACAUCAUGACUUUAGGCUGUUUGUACCCUUACCGUAGACUUGGAAUAGGUACAUUAAUGGUCCAACAUGUCUUAUAUUACGUGGAACAGGAUGGCAAUUUUGAUAGCAUAUUCCUCCACGUGCAAGUAAACAACGAAGGAGCGAUUGAUUUCUACAAAAAAUUCGGUUUCGAAAUCGUCGAAACUAAAGAACAUUACUACAAAAGAAUAGAACCGGCAGACGCUCACGUUUUACAAAAAACUCUGAGGAAAAAAGGACAAAGCAACGGAAACGCUGAGUAAAACACAUUGCAUGAUUGAUUUUUUUGUUACAGUAUUUUUUAAUUUCAAACACAUUGUAUAAUUGUUUAAUAAAGUCAUCGUUUGCGUUAAA